AUGUCAUCACCUGCUAGAACAAGAGCAUUAUCAGUAUCAUCUGAUAAAGCUAGAAAUGGAAAUCUAAAAGAUGUGGAAAACUAUUACAAAAAUAUUAAAAAGAAUUUAAUCGAUUUCCAAUAUGAAUUUACUGUAAACUUAAAGAAAAAGGAUAAAACUAGACAAUUAUUAUAUAAUUUAAAAGAAAAUACUAUUCAAAUUUUCAAAUUAUCAAAAAAAGGAAAUAAGAAGAGUAAAUUAAAAAAAUAUCAAAUGGAUGAUUUUGAAAGAAUAUGUAAAGAUAGAUCGGAUAACAAAUUAUUGAUACUCACUAAAAAAGGUGGAAAAAAGGAAUUAUUGUUAUCAUUUUUAAAUCCAGAACGACGUGAAUCGCUGUAUGAAUUGCUAUGGUUGUCAAGAGGUGAUAGAACAAAGACAGUCCCGAGCAAAGAGGAAAAGGCACCAUUCGAUAAAAUUUCAUUAUUUAUAACGACUUGGAAUGUUGGUGAUGCACAACCAUCGGCCGAACAAUUACAUCAUUGGAUACCAAACAAAAAUCAACAUGAUAUCUAUGUUAUUGGUGUUCAAGAAUGUGAUUAUCAACCCUCAUUUAGUAGUAGUAGCAGUAAUAGUAGUAGUAGUAGUAGCAGUAACGCUACUAGUACAACUGGUAGUUCAAAUCCAUCAUCAUCAUCAUCAACACCAAUAUCAACAUCACCACCAUCAACACCACCAAUCACUGUAAAAUCACAUACACCACCUUCAUCAUCUGGAUCACAAACUGAUUGUGCCGAACAUUGGUUUCAGAUGUUAUCCAAUCAUCUUGGUCACAAUUAUUUUAAAUUGCAAUCGAUUAGUUUGGUCAAGAUGCGUCUGGUGGUAUUUGUCAAAAAGGAGCAUUAUUACAAGAUCAAUCAUAUCGAACGUGAAAGCGAGGCCACCGGUGUUGCUGGCAUAUACGGCAACAAAGGUGCAACCGCCAUUUCAUUUAAAUUCCUAGAAUCAUCCUUCCUCUUUAUCAACAGCCAUUUUGCAGCACACCAAGAAAAGAUUGAACAAAGAAAUCAAAACUACCGAGACAUUAUCAAAGGUCUAAACAUGGGAUCGAAAUCAAAGACUGACAUUUUAAAUCAAUUCCAUCAUGUAUUUUGGAUGGGUGAUUUCAACUAUCGUAUCGACCUCUUUCGUGAAGAGACACUUGUCGCUAUCCAAUCGAAAAACCUAGGUAAACUAGUUGGAAACGACCAACUUGGACGCCAAAAACUUAGCGAACGUGUGUUUGUUGGAUUUAGAGAACCACCCAUUAAAUUUAUGCCAACCUACAAGAUGGAACGUAAUACAGUCGGAGUGUACACAACAGAAAAGAGUAGAGUGCCAUCAUACUGUGACAGAAUCCUCUACAAACCACUACCAUGUGCGCCAAUGACAUCGUGCACACAAUACGACUCUGCUACGACCGUCACCACCUCUGACCACAAUCCAGUGUUUGCAGUCUAUGAAACCUAUGUUCAAAGACCGUGUCUCCCAACCCAACGAAAUCAAUCCAAAUGUACCAUUGAACUGUUGGAUGUAGGUGCACUACAACUCGACCUCGAUGAGAAUGGCGCUCCACCCGACCCUUAUCUCUUUUUCCAUCCCUCAACAUUUUUAACAAGUCCCGUUGAAACGGCUCAUGCCUCGGCAAGUCGAUGCCCAGUAUGGGGUGAUCUCCCACCUCUAGUUCCAUGUAUUUAUAAGAAAUCAUUCCUUGAAAACCAACAUCUACUCAUCUCUGUGUUGGACUAUAGAGAAUCACCACCACGUAAAAUAGGGUAUGCCUCUAUACCUCUUAUGCUUGGAUUUACCAAAGAGCCAUACUCUUUUCAAACAAGAAUCACCAAAUAUGGUGUCAGUUCUGGUAUUCUAUAUGGCAAAAUCCAUAUCAUAUCAGAAGAUGAACAACAACAAUUACUUUACAAUGUAAAUCAAUUUCCAACUACUACUACUACCAGUAGUACUAUUCCUACUACACCUUCAACUGCAACAAGUACAACAGUGGCUUCAACCUCUACAACUACAACUUCAACUGCUACAACCGAAUCUAAUCAACCAAUUGUAACUUAUAAUUCUAAUAAUCCAAAUCAAAAUAAUCAAAAUAAUAAUAAUGGAAUCGAUCCAUCAAAACAAUUACAUCGUAGAUCAACAAGAAAAAAAUACAAACAAAGACUAAAGUUAUUUUUUGGUUGA